UCAACAAUUGACAGAGUAGGUAUAGCAAUGCCCGUUUGAUGCCAUUGCAAAAAGAAAGUGCUCAAGAGUAGUAGAAUCCUUUAUAAAUAGCCGUUAAUGCAAACAACAGCUGAGUUGAGAUGCCUCGCUUGGGGAACUAUAGCCAACCGAAUUGUUAUCAGCGUACUCGUCAAUUCAACUGGUUGUGCAUUUGAGUGUCGAUCGGUCACGGUUUGGCCUUUAAGGGUCAUCGCGCAAUCUGGCGAACGGAGAGCUCCAUCGGACGGACGCUGGAAUCGGUUCCGCAUUUGCCAGUAGUUAACUCGUGCUCGCAUUGUCAGGAUGGUCAUCAGAAUUGCACUGAUUCAGCUGAAGAUCGCUGGACCCAAGGAGAAGAUCCUGAAGAAUGCAGUCGACUUGAUUCGAAUCGCCAAAAAGGAAAAGGAUGCCAAUGUCGUAGUGCUACCGGAGAGCUUCAACUGCCCUUACAGUGCAGAAAACUUUGAGGCAAACGCCGAGGAGAUACCACAAGGCGAAACGAGUCAGACGUUGAGCAAGGCAGCGCGAGAUUUCGGUGUCUUUGUCGUAGGAGGAUCGUUCGUGGAAAAGUGCUUUGGGAAGCUAUACAACACCUGUACGGUUUGGGGUCCAGAUGGCGAACUGGUUGCCAAACAUCGAAAAGUUCACCUCUGCGAUACGAACAUCCCCGGCAAGCUGGAGGUUAAAGAAUCGAAGGUGUUUACCGCUGGCAGUGACUACACGACCUUCUAUGUAGGUGAAACCAAAAUCGGACUAGGCGUUUGCUGGGAUAUGCGCUUUCCGUUGUUCGCCAACGCAUAUCGUGAGAAGGGAUGUGAUCUUUUGAUCUACCCAGCAGUGUGCGACGUUUACACAGGGGAACUUCACUGGGAAUUGCUUGCCAGAGCACGUGCCCUGGACAACCAAGUGUUUGUGGCGUUUUGUGCUCCGGCUAGGGAUUCUCACGCGGAGCUGGUUUCCUACGGUCAUUCGGUGGUCGUAGACCCAUGGGGUAGAGUGAUCCAAAAAGGAACUGAGUUCCAAGAGAUAGUAGUUGCCGAUUUGGUGCUAAGGACUCUUCCAGAAGUAAGAAGCCAAAUUCCGGUGCUCAAGCAGAAGAGAUCUGAUUUAUACGAAAUUGUUGUUAAGAAGUAAGGUCAUCACAAUAGAUAACAAAUGAAAAGUUGUAUAGACCAAGGAAAGAUUGUAUUGUGUCGUUUGUGGAAUGUAGCAAAAUUUUAGCAAUUGAACGCAAUCUGUGUUUACUGUUGAUAUUAAAUUGACUGAUGGAAUGGUAUACGGUUAGACAAGUAACGUUGAGGAGUGUUAUUUUACUAUCUUUUGUAGUCAGAGGCACUUUUCAGCAGAAAUAAAGAAAUCAGCAAAGUCA